AUGUGGCGUGGGAAACCGCAAGCAGUUAUUUGGAAAACCGUAGGAAAAUCUGAACCGUCAUCACUAUCGCCACCAAAACAUAGAGAAGCUUCUUCGGACGGCCGAGGAUCGACGAUCCCUAGACGUCCUGUGACCGUUGGUGGAGCAGUUUCACGUGACUCUACUGGCAGUUUUGGCAGUAUCGCUAAGGUUGACCAUCUUGACGUACUCGUUGGUGAUUCACAUCGAUCAUCAUCAGCUUCAUUACAAGCAUCAUAUCCGGUCGCAUUCCUCGGUGAGAUACAGCUGGCUCUGAGUUAUGACGUCAUCACCGCUUGUCUAUCAGUUCACAUCGUUCAGUGUCGAUCGUUACCGCAUUUCGGUAACCACAAACCGAAUCCAUACGUAAAAGUCCUGUUAGCCCCUCGCCAAGCCAACCUUCCAGUAUUGAGAAACAAAACGAAUGCCCGAAAAUCUGAUUUCAGUCCGAUUUUUGACCAAAUUCUUCAGUUUCCUCGAAUAACUAAAUCGGAAGUGGAUGACUACCGUAUGCAGGUGGCGGUAUGGCAUAAAGAUCUCAUUGGUCAAAAUUCGCCCAUAGGAGAGUUGACUAUAACACUUCGUGAUUACAACUGGACGAAUCCGAGACCGUUAUGGUAUCAACUGGAAGCGAAGACGGAUGCGCUAACAAAUCAAUCUCCAUGGAAGAUGAUGAGAGCCAGUGUUCGCGUUCGUCUGACAUUCUCUCUGUGGGAUCGGGAACGUCGGAUCGGCCCAUUGUCAUUACUGGUACGAGACAUCCACUUCUACGAAGCUCGUCAAGUUCAAGUAGUACAUCGUCACGCAACUCUCGUGGCGUCCGCUGUUGACGGUAACUAUAAGUUAAAACUGCAAUUAAAAUGGAACCAUGAUGGUACUGAGAUAUUUGCAAAGCUUCGAAUCCAAGCCAUAUUCGAGCCCACGAUCGACGCGCUCAUGUCUUAUCCACUGCGUCAUUGA